UGGUGAUUUGACGGGUGAGAUCUUGAAGAACAACUUCCGACGUGACGAGGCGAACGAACCUGGGAUCAUCGUUUGGCACGCUAUGCAUAUCAGAUCUUUUCGGGACUGGCCUAUCUUCAUUACCACAAGAUCGUCCACCGGGACAUCAAACCGGAAAAUUUUAUGCGCACCACGCCUGACGAAAGGGAGUCUCAACUGGUCCUGAUUGAUUUGGGCGUCUCAGCCAAUCUGAAGGUCACACCCAUCCUGAAUGAGACUGUCGGCACCUUGACGACCAUUGCACCUGAGCUCUUCUUGGGCGACUACGAUGAGAAGUGCGACCUUUGGAGUGUUGGAAUGACUCUCUACAUGUGCGCGGUUUGUAUGGAACCCUGGCAGAAUGCAAAAGGGCACAUGAGUGAAGAAGAGAUGCAAGCGUGUUUGGAGAAUCCGGAAUGGGAAGUGCCCUAUGAUGAGAGGAGAUGGUUCAGGAAGUCCCCUGAAGUCACAGAGCUGGUGAAACAGCUUCUCCAAAGAGAUCCCAAUGUGCGUCCACGAGCACGUGAGGUUUUGGCAACCAACCAGUGGAUUGACAAGACAGGGGAAGAACAACCGGGAUGCUGCGGCUGUUUUGGCUGAUGCCGGGAAACAUUCUAUUUUUGCAGGGCCAAAAGUCAAAGGCGGACCAGAGCAUCACCCUCAAAUCCAUCAUUUU